GAUUUGCCUCACUUACUCCUGCGAUGGAAUGUUUGUUUAUUAUUUUAUUUAUGUCCCCAGUGUUAUGUGCGCCCGCUGCGAAAAUGAACUUCAACGAGAAUUUAAAAUUAGCUAAAGAGUUCAUGUCAAAAUUUGGUUACUUGGACACCGGCGACUCAAAUUCUGAGAGUCUGGUUCGAGUAGAAAAUGCCAUCAAAGACGUCCAAAGGUUCGGCAACAUAGCCCAGACUGGUCAACUUGAUAAUGCCACUUUACAGUUAAUGAACUCUCCUCGUUGUGGUUUACCUGACAUCACCCCGUCCAAGAGAAGUAAAAGAUAUGCUGUGUCGCCCUCUAUGGGGUGGAAAAGACGGACCAUAACAUACUUCGUAUCGAAUUGGAGCCCCAAGAUAGGACGAGAUGCAGUACGUAGGGAGCUUCACACUGCGUUCACUGCCUGGGCCAAGUACGGACGACUCAAGUUCCAAGAGUCUAGCUCUCCCGAUGCAGACAUUGUCGUGUCGUUCGGCUCCGGCUGGCAUGGCGACCCAUACCCAUUUGAUGGCCCAGGACUGACCCUUGCCCAUGCCUACUUCCCGAAUGACCAUGGAACAAUGGGAGGUGACAUCCACUUUGACGAUGACGAGACAUGGAAAAUACGACCUGGGGAGUUUGAAGAUGGAACGGAUUUCUUCACAGUCGCAGUCCAUGAGAUCGGCCACAGUCUCGGCAUCGCACAUUCCGACCAACCGGAGUCAAUCAUGAACCCUUACUACAAACAUUACGACAGCCGCAACUUCAAUCUGGGCUACGACGACAUUCUUGCCAUGUACGAGUUAUACAUUACUAAGCCUAUCGAUGGCGAUAAUGAAUCAUGGGAUGAAAACGAGACCACUAGUAGGACAACAAACGAACCAAGAACGACUCCUUCCACAAGAAGACCAUACUACACCUCAAGGCCACAAACAACCACCACUAGAAGACCAGAAAUGAACGUAACGUUUGUAGGAGACUCAGAAACUGUGGACAUGCACAAGUCACACGAUCCGACACACAACAUCCCGGACCCGGUAGCGCCCUUGAUACCGGACCAUGAUGUACCGGAGAAUCCCCGGGAACACACUCCAGAUUCCGCAGGACCUCCUGAUGCUUGUACAGGACUUUACAGCGCCGUGGCUAACAUCCGAGGAGAGUUGUUUGUUUUCAAAGAUAAGUUUGUUUGGAGAUUGUCUGGUCCCGGAAGAUUGAUGCCGGGAUAUCCAGUCCCCGUCUACAGGAUGUUCAACAAACUCCCCGAAUCGGUUGAUAAAAUCGACGCUGUGUAUGAACGCAGCUCUGAUAACAACAUAAUCAUUUUCUCAGGGAAAAAAUAUUGGGUCCAUGACGGCAAUCGGGUAAUUGAAGGCCCCAAUACAUUGUUGGACUACGGUUUGCCGAGUUAUGUGAAGAAAAUUGAUGCUGUUAUGGUUUGGGCAAAGAAUAAGAAAACUUAUUUGUUCAGCGGACAUGAGUUCUGGAGAUUCAACGAGACAACCCAUACCAUGGACCCAAAGUAUCCCAAAACCAUUGAUCUUUUCAGAGGGGUUCCUUCACCUUUAGAUUCGGCCCUCACUUGGACAGAUGGAAUCACUUAUUUCUUCAAAGACAACAUGUAUUGGGCAUUCAACAAUACGUGGCUGCGAACAGAAGCUUACUAUCCACAGCAGGCGUCCCAAUACUGGCUGGGUUGCCGAUAGAGCUGUUAUUGUGAUUACAUUGUAUAUAUUAGCACUAAACAAUUAAAUAUUUUAU